AUAAUAUUUAUAAUAUUUUUUUACGUGUCGCAGACAAAAUUUUUCAUAAACGUCAGAGAUCGAUUAAAAGAAUCUUAAAGAUAUUUAGAGGAAUCUUGAAUCUUUUUUUCAUCAAGUGCAGUGCAGCGAGAAGUGUUACUCUUUUUUACGUCGGAGUGAUGCAAAAUGUACAAGGACAGAUGUACCGAGCGUAAUCAUUAUCAAGCAUAAUAAUGGUCACCAAGCGACGCGUGUGUGACGUCGUCGUUCGCAAGCUUCGGAGAAUAUACGAUGUCUUAAGACGCACGAAGUUGGUGUACGCGUUCCCGGGUGGCAAGGUGUUCGACAACGUCCUCCGCGUCAUCGAAAGAUGCAAUAAGAGCGUUAAAAUGGUGUCCAUAAAGAAGCUUGGAAUUGGCGGUGGAGUUUCGUUCGUCUUCGGCAUUCUACUCUGGACUGGGUUUCCAGGAUUAAUUAGGUCGCAGAUAAAAUCGAAAAUUGCACUGAAACCAGGAAGUGAGAUACGUGAAAUGUGGUCGGCGUUUCCAUUACCACUGGAUUUUAAGAUCUAUUUAUUCAAUGUAACCAACCCUACUGAAAUUAUGGAGGGUAAAAAGCCAAAGCUGCAAGAAGUUGGACCUUUCUUCUACGACGAGUACAAACUAAAGUUUGACCUCGUCGAUCGGGAGGAUGAGGACUCCGUCGAGUACAGCAUGAAGUCCUGGUGGAUCUUUAAUCCUAAGAAGAGCAAGGGAUUGACGGGCGAAGAGAUAAUGGUGUACCCUCAUCUCAUGAUUCUGGGUAUGGUGGCGGCCACCCUUCUGGAAAAGCCCGCGGCGAUCGGGGUCGUCGGCAAAGCCGUCGACAGCAUCUUCCACAAACCGGACUCGAUAUUCGUGACAGCCAAGGCCAAGGAUAUACUUUUCGACGGUUUGCCCGUCGAUUGCACUGUAACGGACUUCGCCGGAUCGGCGGUGUGCAGUCUGUUGAAGUCGGAAGCGAAAGAUUUGGUGCCGGACGGGGAAAAUCGCUACAAGUUCUCUCUCUUUGGCGGGAAAAACAAUACCGCGGUUCCGCAACGUAUGAAAGUUCUGCGUGGUGUUAAAAAUUUCAAGGAUGUCGGUCGUGUGUUGGAAUUCGAUAAUAAGCCUGCGUUAGAUAUCUGGCCGGAGGAUCACUGCAACGCUUUCAACGGUACCGAUUCCACGAUCUUUCCGCCUCUGUUCGGUCCGGACGACGAUAUCGUCUCGUUCGGCUACGAGAUCUGUCGAAGUCUCAGCGCGAAAUUCGAUGCUCACAGCAAAAUCAAAGGCGUCAAAACUCUUCGCUACACCGCGGAUCUGGGAGACAGCAGCAAGAAUGAAAGGGAAAGGUGUUUCUGUCCGAAACCGGAGGCACCGGAAACUUGUCUGGGCAAAAAUUUGUACGACAUGACGAAGUGUCUGGGCGUACCGAUUAUUGGAUCCCUGCCGCACUUUUACGGCGGUGACGGGACAUAUUUGAAGAUGGUGGAUGGCUUGAACCCGACUCAGGAGGAGCACGAAAUCGACAUGGAUUUCGAACCGAUGACGGCCACGCCGUUACGCGCGCAUAAGAGGCUGCAAUUUAAUAUAUUCAUAAAACCGGUGGCGAAGUUCAAGCUGAUGAAGAACUUUCCGGAAGCGCUACUGCCUCUGUUCUGGGUUGAGGAAGGGAUACUUUUACCCGACGAGUUCGUCAACAAGGUGAAGGUGGUGUUCAAAGUGAUGGCGGUCGUCAACUUCCUAAAGUGGCUGAUGAUACUUGGAGGAGUAGGUAUGGGUGGUGGAGCAGGAUACUUGUACUACAAGAGUCGCGAAACCGGUAAAUUGGAUGUCACGAAGGUGACACCGAAGACUGCCGGCGCGGAGGACAACAAGGUGGAGAAGAGCUGGCCACCUGGCAUGAACAUCAGCACGAUACAAGCAUCGGUGCCGCCCAGUCUCGACAGAAAUUGAACGUUGCUUUUGAGAGAUUAAGAAGCUAAUCAGUAUUAACGUCGCGAAAGAUCGUCCCUUCAAUCUCGAACGUCUUUCUUCGACUAUAAUCAUUUUGUAUAUAACGGUUUAGAAAGUCUUUUUAAAAUAUGAGAAAGGGCCAUUUUUUAGAGAAUAAUAAUCCACCUCUUUUUAGAGAAAUACAAAGGUUUAAUAUUGCGACGUUAAGUAAUCAAAAGGGCUGAGGGACUAAAAUAAUGGUCCAUAUUUUCAACUUAUUUUUAUUGAUAAAAGUGAGUUGAAAAUAUGAACCAAAGUAUUCUUAGAAUGAUGAAGAUUUAGCCUAUCGAAUAACAGAUAAAUCUAUUUUUUUUAAAGAUAAUUAAACUUGCGAAUAUAGUUAAGGAUAUAGCUCUUGUGGAAAAAUACUAUUGGACUUGCGGAAAAUUGAUUGGAAUAACUAAAAAAAUUCGAAAACCAUUUCAAUAUCAUAUAUUACCUGUUCCAAUAGGUUUUCCUUUCAUUAAUCCAAUAAUAUUUUUUCACAAGGG